UUGAAAUAAACUAAAAAUCCCUGGUUGGACAAACACGGGAAAAUCAGCAGCCAGGUAGCCGCUCCUUUUGCUAAACAUAUCGCGGCCUCUUCGCCGUCUUGCGAUCUUACCCCCCACGCCGGCCAGCAGUAACUUUUCCCUUGUCAGAAAGAAACAAACGCGUACAAAGAAUGGGAGUGGAAGCAAACAGAACAGAACAUAACCCGAUUGCUGCGGACCCUGAAUACGUUGAGGCGUUGCUCGAGGCCGCUAGAUAUAACGAUUUUGAUCAUGUAAAGACCAUAGAUGCUCUUGGGGUUCCUCUCGAUUCCAAGGAUGAACAAGGGAGAACAGCCCUUCAUAUGGCUUCAGCUAAUGGAAACGUUGAGAUAGUUAACUAUCUUAUCAGUAAUAAAGUGGAUGUGAACUCUUCCAAUGUAGAGAAUAACACACCUCUUCAUUGGGCCUGCCUUAAUGGGCACACUGAGGUUGUUAAGAUAUUGAUUCUAGCUGGAGCAAAUGUAUCAAGUUUAAACCGACAUGAACGGACUCCUGUGGAUGAAGCUGCAAUUGGAGGUAAAAUGUAUGUCAUUGAUGCCAUCAACACAGCUGUAGCACAAGUGGAACUCACAAAUGCAAGUGUUUGAAAGCCAAUCAAAUUUCCAUAUUUAAAAAUUAGGUUAGUACUGCGUUGUUUUGAAUGAUUCUAUAUCGUUUUAUACUUUUCGUUGGAGUACCUCUGUAAAAUACCAUUUUACUAUUUCAUAGUUUAUAAAACGUUGCAUCUGAGUAGCA